AUGGCCUUUCCCUACAUCGAUACUCCGCGCACCGAGGUGGACGCAAACGCGACGUUCAUGAGCCACGGCCAGCGAAGUGCAACGCGCCAUAAUCUCUCAGCACUGGACUCGGUUGAAAACUCCUUUGUGUCACCAACUAAGGAAAAUGAUAUACUGAAGGAAACAUCCGGCUCGCGAAACCGUCAGCGCAAGGUGUCGCUCCGGACUCCGCGAGCCAGCCAGGGACUUAAGUCAGCACGACACGAUAAACGCACUCUACCCAACUCUGCCUUGCCCAAGGGAGAAUUUACCCCUCUUAUGAACAGCGUGACGAAAAACAAUUUCCUGCGAACUGGUGGCGAUCGCGCUCGAGGUGUGCCGGCCACGCCCGCCCUGUCCAAAAUAGACGAAAGCAAUUUGUACGAAGGGACUUCCGUGAACAGCUUCGCGUACGAUGCGACCCCUGUACCCCAAGCUGCACCUAGCAGUGGUCAAAGCACACCGUUACCUGCACUCCCCCAAAGAGAUGGUACUGGAGGGGUAAUUCGCGAUGGACAGAAUAUGACUUUAAGAGAGCAGGAAAACAUCAUCAACAAGUUUGACAAAGAGAAUUUCGGCCUGAAGUUGAAAAUACACUAUUUGGAGGAACAGCUGAAGAAGGCUGGGCCGGAAUUGAACCAGGCAGCACUCAAAGAAAACACGGAGUUGAAGGUGUCAAAAGUUACAAUGCACAGGGACCUACAUCGCUGCAAGAAAAGCCUCCUCCACGCAGAACGUGAUCUGGAAUCCUGCCAGCUUCAGCUCCAAGAACUUCGAGAAAAGUUGGCUUCUAAACAAUCCGAUAACACGAAGCAGGAGGCCAUAAAAUGGAUGCGCGAAGAGAUGGAGACCAAGGAAGCAGAAAUGGCAGAGCUACGGGAGCAGCUAAGGUCACGAGAAUCGAAGCAGGCAGAGGAGGCUGCGAAUUUACGGGAAGAAAUAAAUGAGCUAGAGUAUGCCAUCCGUGAAAAGGACAGGCGCCUUGAGGAAAAAGAGGAGGAAAUUGAGAACUUGCAAUCCAAAGGAGCGGACGAAAAUGCCAAUAUUGCUGAUCUUGAGACGGAGCUUGAAGAUGCUAGAGGCAAAAUCGAAGAUCUUCAAGAUAGCCUAGAGCGAGCAAGGACCGAAACAGAGGAAGCCGAGGCAUCCUGUGAGCAAGCUCUCCAGGAGAAAGAUCAAGCCAUUGAUGACCUGAGAGAAUUACAGGAUGAAAUGGCUAAUAAAUCAAUGUCUGCCUCCGGCUUAACUCGUCAACUGGAGGAAAGGGCAAGUAAGCUGGAAGGAGAACUUACGGCUGUUCGACAACAGUAUGCCAGCCUUCACGAAAAGUUCGAGGAUAAGGCGCAGUUUGAGCGACGUUUACAAGAGCAAAUCAAGGACCUUCGGCAAGAGCACUCGUCGACAGAGAGAGAGCUUAUCCUCAUUCGAAAAGAGCACGCUGGAUGCGAAGGAAAACUUGAGGACAAAAUGCAUUCUGAGCAUCGGUUACAAGAGCGAAUUGAAGAUCUUCGGCAGGAGCUCUCAUCUACAAAGUCUGAGCUACAGCAUGAGCUCGAACAGGCACACCACGAGAAAUCAAUUGCAAUCCGAGAUCACAAAUCUGCGCUGUCUCGUCUUAAUGCCCUUGAAGAUGAGGUGCAGCAGAGAGGUGAAACUAAGAGCCUUUUGCAAAACCGACAUGAUGCUUUGACAAACGAAUCCAAAGCUCUUCAGAGUGAUCUUGAACGGGCAAAGAGAGCAAUCGCGGAGCUAGAAGAGGACGCGGCUACUGAACGACAGGAGUCAUUGAACACGCUUGAAGACCUGCGACAGCAUCAUAAGGAUGAAGUCGACCGACUAAACGUCGAGAUAGGGCAGCUUCGCCGUGAGGUAGAUGGCAAAGACUCGUUAUACAGCUCAGAUCUAGACAAAUGGGAAAACAUAAAACGAUCGCUCGAGCUCGAACGGGAUCAGGCAGCACAACAAGCCCAAGCGUACAAGCGGACAAUCGACAGCCUUCAACAAAUGGAAACGACAAAAUCUGGACGAGAGAAAAGGAUGCAGGAUAUCAUCGAGAGUGAAAAGGAACGCCGUCUACAGCUGGAGGAAUUGUACACGCGUCAAAUAAAGGAGCUCAAUGAUGAUAUUUCCUCCAGAAGGGAGGCGUCCGAAACUCAGAGAUCAGAGUUGCUUGCCCUGAAGGAACAACUUAGGGUCAGCCGACGGGAAGAACUGAACCUCAAAGAGAAAACGCAGGGCCUGGAAGACGAAAUUAUAGUCUUACAAGCUAGCCUAGAGGAAGAACAACAGCAUGCAUUGAAUCAGAGAAAGUCAGGCACUUUGGAAUCCGGCAAUCACCUACAGAGCAUUACACAAGAGAAACACGCCCUCAGAGAGCAGUUAGCCAAUGCAACCUCCGAGUUGAAUGACCUUCGAGUUGCCCUUGCAGAAGUUGAGGCAGAACGAGACGGCCUCCAAGACCAACUUGCUCAAUAUGAAAACAAUGUUGACAGUGCCUAUCGAGUAGACCAGGAAAAACUUGAGCUGAAGAAACUGAAGCUGCGUUUAGAACGAGAGGUUAUUCGUCUAAAUGCCGAAAAAGGAUCUUUACAGGAAGCCAAAGACGUCCUUCAGAAUGAUAUUGAUAAUGAACUCGCUCGUGCUGCAGCGGAAGAAGAUCGUCUAGCGGCAGAGAUCAAUCGGUUACAAGACAAGCUAUUCAUGGUCGAUGAUAAGAAGGAUCGUGAGCUUCUAUCAUCCAAGAGCAAAAUCACUCGUCUAGAGAACCGCCUUAAGGAACUCGAAGCCCAUCUCCACCACCCUAUACCAUCAGAACCCGUCUCCCCCCCAGGAAACGCCGAUGCUUCACUCUUCCACCAUUGCCUAGCCGAGACACGGGAGCGAGAAAAGGUCAUCCUUCAACGAGAAUCAGACCUCAAAUCUUCCAUUCGACAUCUCAAAUCCCGUAUUGCUGACUUAGAGAAAGAGAACCACGACCUCCAGGUCGAGAGAUACGAGGAUAAUUCACCCAAGCCUUCGCCCUCCUCGCGACUUCAAGAGGAAUUACGAAACCUCCGUACACAAAAUUUGGAGGCUCACAAGGCUCUAAAGGAACUGAAAGCCAAGAACCGCGAACUCGAGCGGCAAAGAUACUUCGCCAAAGAUGAGGAGAGUCAGAACUUCAGUGAGGUCCUCGACCUAUCUACGUAUGAGGCCGAAUCAAUUGCAGCCAAAUUGGCAAAACGCGAGGCUCGAAUUAACGAACUCGAGGUCGAUCUUUAUCGAAUCCGCGGAGAGCGCUCUACUGCGCUUAAAAAUCUCAAUGCUGCAGACCGAAGGAUUCGAAUACUGCAAGACCGCCAUCCAAAAGCAAUUCAUGAUAUGUCAAGGCAACUAGAGAAACAGAAAUCUCGCCAUGACAAGGAAUUGGAGGUUUUACGUAUGGAACUCCUCUGGAAUCAAGCACGGUUGAUCCGAACCGAGCAAUUCCGUAGGGAUCUUGCAUGGUAUAAGGAAGUUUCGCAGUACAGAGAACAAGAACGAAUUAGAACUACAUGUGCUCAAAUAGAGCGACAGAUGAUAGCUAAUAUGGGCAUUGUAGUAUCUGAGACAGUAGAACAGCUUACCCCUCUACAAAAAUUUAAAGCUGCCAUUUCAGUUGCGCUAUUCAUUGCUCGCGCAAGAAGAGUGACAGUUGAGUGGAAGAAGAACUCACAAAUAGGGGAUCUGGUGAAGAGGGCAAAAAAAGACCAGUUUAAGAAGCUUGGAAGAAUGGGACAGAAAUGA